AGCUAGGAGCGCUCGUGUUCGUGUCUUUAUUUUGAUCUAUGAGCUGUAGGUGGUGAAUCCUCGAUUGGGAACGCUUUUUGUAUGCAAAUCUUUCCUUUUACACACUGCAGGGCUUUUGUUGACGCUCAGGUUUAAAAGAGACCACUAAUGACACCAGCAUUUAUUCGUCAGUAAAGAGCCAACCACGGCCGCUUUUCUUAAAACCUAUCGAGAUUACUGACAACCUUCUGCCAUGAGCUGCCUGGAUGUUAUGUAUCAGAAUUAUGGAGCUCAUCAUUACCUGCCAGCGACGGCAGCAGCAGCCUACAAGGCGGCUUACUAUCAUCAUCAUCACCACCAGCAGCAGAAAAAAAUCUCUGCAUACAGCAGGAUGCAGGACUUUGCCGACUUGCCUGCACACUGUGUCCAGAGUAAACAGGCUGAGAAGCCCAGACCUGAAGCUGAGAUACAAAGAGAUGAUGAGGAGCAUCAUGGUGAAGAGGAGGUGAGAAGCAAGGAUUCACAACCAGCUGAGACAGAGUACCUGAGUUCCAGGUGUGUGCUCUUCACAUAUUUCCGUGGAGACAUUGGCGAUGUGGUGGAUGAACACUUUUCCCGUGCCCUCAGCCAACCUAGUGCCUUCAGUAAUGAAACCAAGAGCAUUAAGCUCCCAUCUGGAGGACUAUGGAAAGAUGGCAGUUCUCUCUGCGAGGGUCAGAGUGGCUCUUUGCCUUCUUCAUUAUGGAAUAGUAGUUACCCAUCUCAGACCAACUCCUGCAUUCCCUCUAUUCAUAGUGAUUUCCCUACAGCUCCUGCAUUCCACACAGCAGACUCUGGCAUUUGGAGUGGCCAUAGCCUGACCCAGCCUGGCCUGCCCUCACAUUCAGCCCUCACUGAGUCAUGGCCUUAUGCACUGGGUGGCCAAAGCAGCACCGGACACCAUCAUGUCCAUGACAUGUAUCCCCAUAUGCACCCACGCCACCAUCAUCCCCAUGCUCACACCCAUCCCAUACUCCAUCACACGCACAGCAGUGCUCUGGACCAUCGCUUCAGCACCCUUCUGUUACCCAGCAUGAGGCCAUCGAGUAGCCCUUCUUCUUCUAAUACAGAGGGAAUCAAGACAGAGAUGGAGUCUGCUACUUCUAGCUGGCCAGCAUCCUUUCAUGGCUCUGUAGAUAUCUAUGACACAGCACUGGAACAGGACAAAGCAAAAGCUAGUGUCUGGUUCUGAAACAGAGAAAGCCAGCCAGUGACACACAGCCUUGGAGUAGAGCAGCGCUGACAUGAGCAAUGUGAGAUGGGCCAGAGUCUCACUGUGGAAUCUCUCCCUGGAAAGCUUUCAGAUUUCCUGGGAAGUGACUCAGGAAAGGAAACUUUGACGCUCUGCAUUAGACAAGCAUAACAAUAAACUUGGAGAAAAGAAACUUUCUUUAAAAGCAAACAUUCCUGUCCAAGUUUUCGUGUGAUGCGAAGAGUGAGAUGUUAAUGAAUUUUGCAAAAGUGCUGUCCCACCUGGACUUUCAAAGAGCUCUCACAGAGAGAGUGCAAGAAGGAAGUCACUUAAAUGUGUCCAAGUCUAAGAGGUAUAUUUUUCCUACUUUUUGUAAACCAUGUUGAACAUUUCCUUUUUGGUGGUUUAUGAUCAGGAACAGAAGCAUAAGCACAUACCACUGGUUUUGUUGAAAGAACUGCCUGUCUCAUUUCAAAUGAAGGCCAGUUUUGUGUUAAUGUGGCUAUAAAUAUGUGAAUGUUUGAGUAGCAGCCUUGUUUAAAAAGAAGUUUUACUUUAAUAUAUUUUGUCUAUGGUGUUGUGAUCUACAGAUUUGACAGUUCUGUAAGAUAUUUGUGCAGAUUGUUUCUACCAAAGUAUUAACUGUUU